GUCGAUAAGUGUGUUGGCAUUAAAUGCAGUGGUCGGGGGUCGUGCAUUUCCACCGCGGAAUACUACAAGUGCGACUGCGAGAAAGGAUUCGAAGGAUUAGACUGUGAAGAAGACGUGGACGACUGUGUGGAUGUCACGUGCAGUAAUCACGGCACCUGCGUUGACAAAGUCGAUUCCUACCUUUGCGAUUGUGUGAAAGGCUACACGGGGCAGGACUGCGAGACAGAUAUUAAUGAAUGCGCGGAUAAAACCUGUAGCGGUCACGGUCAAUGUAUCGACGGUGUUGGAUAUUACUCGUGUACUUGCGAUCCCCCGUUCACUGGUCAAGACUGCGAAAAAGACGUCAGCGACUGCAACGGAGUCACUUGCAACAACCGAGGCAUGUGUCAGAGAGUGGAUGAUACUUGGAAAUGCGUCUGCCAACGGGGUUAUAGCGGCAGUUACUGCGAAAUAGAUAUAGACGACUGUGCCGGAGAUGCACACUGUGACAACGGAGGGAUCUGCGUAGACGGCGUCAACGGGUACCGUUGUAUUUGUGCACCUGGAUACGAGGGACGACACUGUGAAAAAUACUCUGGGAUAUGUAACGCCAGACUGUGUAAUUAUCGGGGAAUAUGCAGGGAAGAAGAGUCUGGCCCGACUUGCAAGUGUAACGAAGGCUACACCGGCAAGCACUGUAAUUCAGUGUUCAAUUACUGCUUCGAUAUUUCCUGUAACGCACGAGGAAACUGCACCAGCGAGCCUUCUGGCCCAGUGUGUAACUGUGUUUUUGGUUUCACUGGUCGUUUUUGUGAGAAAGGCAUCGACGAUUGCGUUGGUAUCACGUGCAACAAUCGCGGCAGUUGCAUCGACGGUUUGAAUUGGUUUAAAUGUGACUGCAAUCCGGGCUAUGCUGGAAAAUAUUGCGAAACAGAGUUGGACGAGUGCUACUGCAACACGUGCGAAGGGCGAGGUUUCUGCACCGACAGACCUAACAACUUCACUUGCCGAUGCGAUCCGGGCUACACGGGACAAAGCUGCGAUUUGGGUAAGCAAGAUACUGCGAAAGAAAACGAACAAAAAGUGUUCAAUUACCAGGUUCAGUACACAACGGCGGCAAUAAUUUGCAUCUUGCCCUCACAGUGGAGCAACAUCGACAUAGAGUUUCGCAACAGACUGCAACAGCCGAUGAUCUCACUUCAAGUGGAUGUCAAAAAUCAGGUCCUGAUUGGAAAGUACUUAAUUGGUACUCGUGGCAGGACUUUCGAAAUCCGACGAAGAAUAGGUGAAAAGGAAGACUUUGCUAUCGUUGCGGGAGUACCAACUAUUAUUUCGGUCGUUUUCCGUGAGGCACCUUGCAAAGUAAGCGAGAUAUGA